CUCCGCGAAAGAAGCUUCUGAUUGGAUGUCCAGAAUGUUUCUUUGACUCUCCAUUAAUUCAACCCUUGGAAUGUCUUUUAUGAGAAGAUGAGGUCGUUUGUAUGCAUAGGCCUACCGUGCGGUUGAAUUUCAAUGAUUAUUGUCAAGAUUUGUUUAAGGGCACACUUCGCCACUGUUAUCACUGAAUUGCCUGUAUAGUGUUAUAUUAAAAGUAUGACUCUUAUUUAUUGGUGGUAUGAAGUUGGCCUUUUUGGUAUUCAUGUAGCCAUGCUGUGUAGACUAAUCUUCAUGGAAUAGAGCCAGGGAGUUCACUUAGGCCUGUAGGACAAUUAUGCACUUGUGGGUCCUGUAAUAAAUACUUUUUCAAUAGCCUAUAUUUAAAUUGUCUAUUUUCUCGCAAUAAAACCAGCAGUAUGCAUUUGUAAAUGUACAUAUUUAAAGGCUCGGGAGAAAAUGAAGAACAUAUACUUAGUUCCUGAAAGUACAGUAGGUAUUUUUGUAACAAUGUAUUAGGUGUAUAUCUUAAUGUAUCCACUUGGUGGCAGUAAGCUGGCUUUAUGAAAGGGAUUUGUCCGACCGCCAUAGAAAGCUGCGCUUCCGGUAGUAAGCUACCAAAGCUUCAUAACAUCACGUUAUCAGUUGGAUACAGACAGGUCAGCUGAAAUAUUUCCACUCACGUUUGAAGUCUGUACAUCGGUUGUAUGUGCCAUGUUUUUGACGCUGCACGGAGGACACUGAUCAUAGUUGAACAAAAGUCCAAUCGUUCUCCCGGGUGGUUUCAGUAUGUUGUGCGGGGCUGUGGUUGUCAACAGUGGGCAGAGGGUGUUGCGGUACCUCAGUGUAGUGCGUUUUGUAACCCAAUUUGGUACACGUACUAACGUCACCUACAUACAAGGCCAGAGCCCCGAACCGCGCAUUCGGGAAUACUUCUACUACAUUGACCACCAAGGGCAGCUGUUCCUUGAUGACACUAAAGUGAAAAACUUUGUCACGUGUUUCAAAGAUAAGCACUUCCUGGUGUUCUUCUUCACUCGUCUCCGUAGGAACGAGAGUGGGCGCUACCAGGAUGACUUCCCCUUCCUGUCCCUGUGUGGCCGCGAGAGAAACUUCCUGCGCUGUGACGACCGUCCGCUGGUGUUCACCCACUUGAUGCCCGCUGCUGGGGGUAUAGUCAAUCAACCAAUCAGGACAGAGACCGCUGGGGGUACGUUGACAGAUGUGGGGACAGGAGGAGCCCCAGAGCUACUGUCGUUCUGUUGGGGUGGUGACAAGCUGGCCGUCAAGUUCCGUCCAAAGUCUCUCUACAUGCAUCCUGGGACUGGGCGUGUCUACCACCCCUGCUCUGAGCGCCUGGGGGGCGUCGGCUUGGUGCGCUCCGCCCUCGCCAUAGAGCUCAGCCCCUUCUUUCUGUACCCACUUCAACAACACCAAUCAGAACAGCCCACACACUUCUUGUGGGCGGGACAACAGCACACACUGACUAAUGAACUGGCAGGAUGUUUCCCCCCUGAAGAGGAGGGAGGGAUGGGCUGAUCAGAAUAACACUGCUGUAUUCAGAGGGCAGAAGAUGAAUACCCGAAAGUUGCCAAUUGAAAGGCAAUAUAUAGAGGACAUGAUGGUUAUGUUCCAAAUGGCACCCACCCUAUUCCAUAUAUAGUGUACUACUUUUGACCAGAGUAGAUAGGGUGCUGUUCAAAAGUAGUGAACUUUGUAGGGUAUAUGGUGCCAUUUGGGAUGUAGACAACGAGUGGUUAUGUAUAUUUGUUACAUUACUAUCUGUGAUAUUCAGAAAAGUGCACAUCAUGAAUCAAAACGGUAAUGAUAAUUUGGCUCAAACGGGUCAGGAGUAUGCAAAUUCUAACAGUCAGAAAAUGCUAAUAAUCAGUUCCUCCUAUUGGACAAAUUCAAGUUGUACCCAUUAAUUUAAAACAUUUUGCCUCUGCACUGUCUAGUGAAUGUAAUCUUGGCAGAAGUAACAUCUUGCAUAAUUGUGUCAGAUGCUUGAUCGAGUUCUUGGAGCCGACUUAUUCGAAAAUGUACUAGCGAAGUCUCCACCCUUAUAAACGGGAACUCUCAGCCAGUGUUGGGCAAGUCUAUGGGCCAAGUGUCCCCUCGUAUUCAGAAACUCUAAAGAUGUGAAAUUGUGAGUUGUCCAAAUGAUCAGUGAAGAAAAAUCAGAAACAAAUAAAACAGUCUGUCGACAAAAUGCUACAA